UUCAUUUUGGAAUCUUCUCUUUCAUCUUCUCAUUCUUCGCUCCUCUUCCCUUUGGAUCAUCGAUGUGACGGACGUCUGUCUUCCGUCUCUUCUUCGUCAAAACUAUCCCCUCGAGUCAGAAUUCUCUCUCUGAUUCAAUUUCUUUCCAUCCCGGAGUAAUGGCGUCGUCGCUUCCAGCUGCCUCUGCAACAGCAGCAGCUUCUGCAUCCAAAACGAUGACUUCAACCUCCUGUUUGCCCUUUGACCAACGCCAUUGCUGCUACUCGAGGGUCUCAUUUAACCUCUCUUCGAAUCCCAAGCUCGGAUUUUCCACCAAGGUUCAACGAUAUACUAGGACUCAUUCCAGGGUGGUGGUCAAGGCCCAGUCAAAUGAGGUUUCUGUCGAUGGAUCAUCAAAUGCUGCAGAGAGUCCUACAACCAAAUCAGAUGUACCGGCAUCAGAGGAAAAGAAUGCUAAGCCAGUGAAGGAGCCUUCUCAUGCAGCUUUGGCCACAGAGGAGUCACUCUCUGAGUUUAUAAAUCAAGUUUCAAACCUUGUGAAGUUAGUUGACUCUAGGAAUAUUGUGGAGCUGCAGAUGAAGCAACUUGACUGUGAAUUAAUUAUCCGUAAGAAGGAGGCCUUGCCUCAGCCACCAUCUCCUGCUCCUAUAGUCAUGAUGCAUCCUUCCUCUCCAUCACCAGCCAUGCCAUCAGCUUUCUCUCCUUCACCACCUGCACCUGCCCCUACUCCUUCAACCUUGACCCCUCCACCUUCUCCACCUCCAGCUAAGGCAGCCAAGUCAUCACUUCCUCCCCUUAAAUGCCCCAUGGCUGGGACUUUCUACAGGAGCCCGGCACCUAGUGAACCUCCAUUUGUGAAGGUUGGAGACAAAGUUCAAAAAGGGCAGGUCUUGUGCAUCAUUGAAGCCAUGAAAUUGAUGAAUGAAAUUGAAGCUGAUCAAUCGGGAACAAUAGUUGAGAUCCUUGCUGAAGAUGGCAAGCCUGUUAGUGUAGACAUGCCACUAUUUGUGAUCCAACCAUAGAAGUUCCAGCUGCCCAUGUAAGAA